GGCUGUGGAGCGCGCAGCUCGGGAGAAAGUGCGUCCACUUGCUGUGCUGUGUGUUCGUCAGUCCCGAUGAAAAGGCAGUCAAAGACCGCUGCCUUUCAGUGACUGAGAUUCGAGUGCGGGCGCUAGAACAGAGGGGAUCAUGGGUAAAUGCGUGGCGCUCUGCGUCCUCCUGCUGGCUCUCGCUCACGCCGCGCGGAACCAGAGCCGGAGGAAAAAGACUCAUACUCCCAGCAACCUCCUGGAAGAGGUCAAAGACGCGGCCUGCCCGCUGGACGUGGCGUUCCUGCUGGACGGCUCGGAGAAGGCCACGACGCUGCAGUUUGAGAAGCAGCGGGCGUUCGUGCGCAUGUUCGCGCAGACGCUGCUGCAGACGCAGACGCUGCUGCAGACGCAGACGCAGACGCAGACGCAGACGCAGACGGUCCGGCUCGCCGUGCUCCAGUACAGCAGCUCUGUGUCGGUGGAGCAGAGCCUGGCGGACUGGCGGGAUCUGGGCACGUUCCACAGCCGCGUGGGCCGCAUGGCGUUCCUGGGCCAGGGCACCAGCUCGGCCUACGCCCUGGGGAACGCCACGGAGAUGUUCGCCCGCGAGGCGCCGGCCUCCGGCCAGCGGGUGGCGCUGUUGAUGACCGACGGCGAGGACGACCCCGACGCCCCCAGCGCCGUCGCCAUGGCAGCCCGGGCCCAGCGGGCCGGCGUGCGCGUCUACGCCCUGGGGCUGACGGACCGGGCCCGGGACCCCGCCAACAGCGCCACGCUGCACUCCAUCGCCAGCGACCACAGCCACGUCCUCAGCCUCACGGACACACACCUGCACCAGCGACUGCUGGAGGAGAUGGAAAAGGUCACCAGAGAUGGCGUGAGCGGAAAGGCGUGGGUCAGAGCUGGAGACAAAGAGAUCAGGGGUCAGAGGUCGGGCGAGGGGAUUUCCCCACAGUGCGAGUGUAACUCACACGGGCCACAGCAGGCAGCCGUGUUCUGGCAGCUGUACCUACAGCCGGGAGGAUCUCUCGCCGAAGGGGUAAAAAGGGGGAUGUUGGAAGGCGAGGUGCCCCUGGACCCAAAGGAUCGAGGGGAGAACAUGGACACAACGGUUUUCAGGGAAGUGAAGGAAUUCAGGCCGGGGGGGCGGGGAGACAAGGGCCAACGGGGAGAGCGAGGAGCUCCAGGAGAAAAGGGAUCUCAGGGCCCAGACGGACCUGUGGGAGCCCUGGGAGCUGUCGGAGGACGGGGGCCGCCGGGGCCAGCUGGCGAUCAAGGACCCUCGGGGCUGGAAGGACCCAAAGGGGCGGAUGGGCCCAGCGGAUUAACGGGAUUACCUGGGAAUCCUGGAAUCGGGAGCCCAGGACCGAAGGGUAACAAGGGGACCGUGGGCCGGCCCGGAUUACCUGGACCUGCAGGGGCGGGGGAACCAGGCCUGUCUGGUCUUCUUGGAACUCCAGGGCUGCAGGGGGCAGCGGGCGUUCCAGGAGAGGGUCUCCCAGGGCCAAAGGGAGACCGAGGGCUUGAAGGCCGCGCGGGGCAGCGAGGGCCCCCAGGAGUCGGGGUGAAAGGUGAUAAGGGCGACGCAGGAAGGCAGGGGUUGCCGGGGGCGACCGGAGUUCCAGGAUCAGGGAUCCAGGGAGAGAAGGGCGUCCGGGGCCCAGUGGGGCCCCCCGGCUCCAGAGGAGCCCCUGGGGUGGGGCUAGUCGGACCCAAGGGAAAUCACGGAUUCCCAGGAGAACUAGGACCGCCAGGAACCAGGGGGCUGGGGGAGCUGGGUCUCAAAGGGGACCCUGGUCCGAACGGGACAGCCGGGUUUCCCGGGAUACCAGGAGAGGACGGGGCCGUGGGUCAGAAGGGUGAAACGGGCCUGCAGGGACCGCGAGGGCCCGAGGGAGAGCCGGGUAAAGGUGAACCAGGCGAAAAGGGCGACCGAGGGGACCGGGGCCACAGAGGACUCCCAGGAGUGAUGAGCUCUGUGGGGCCGGCGGGCGCCAAGUCACACCUGGGGCCCCCUGAAACACAACUGGGGCCCCUGAUCCACACCUGGGGCCCCCUGAGACAUCUGGGGCCCCCUGAGUCACACCUGGGGCCCCCUGAAACACACCUGGGGCCCCGGAGUCACACCUGGGGCCCCAGGCUGGAUGAGCAACCUGUCAGGGGGGAGCCUGGAAUUCUAGGCCCACCGGGGUUGCCGGGGCCAACAGGGAGGAGCAUAGCGGGGCCAAAGGGUGACCCCGGUCCUCCUGGGCUGGCUGGUCCUACAGGGGAGGCAGGAAUCGGGACGCCCGGACCCAAGGGGGACAAAGGACUUCCCGGACCAGUGGGUCCAGUGGGAUUAAGAGGAGAAGGGUACAUUGGACCUGAGGGAUCUGCUGGAGUGCUGGGGCCGCCUGGAGAGCCAGGCCCGGAGGGGAAAGGGAUCCCCGGCCCCAAGGGAAACAGGGGCAUUCCCGGGACCCAGGGGACUUUGGGGCCCCCAGGAAUCGGACUACUGGGCCCCCCGGGUCCCCCGGGGCAGCUGGGGCUGAUUGGACCACACGGACAGGCAGGAGACGGCAUUCAGGGACCGAAGGGGGAGCUGGGGUUCACGGGCAUAGCUGGCCCCCGAGGGGCCCCCGGACAGGGUCGUCUGGGACAGAAGGGAAGCCCGGGGCCCACUGGUGAGCGGGGCAGGAAGGGAGAGGGCGGAGUCAUGGGGGCUUCAGGUUCACCUGGAGGCAGGGGGAACCCUGGGCAGAAGGGAGAUCCUGGCCUGACGAAAGAGGAAGUCAUUGACAUCAUCAGAGAAGUUUGCGGGUGUGGGAUUGGCUGCAGUGAGAAGCCCCAGGAGCUGGUCUUCGUGAUCGACAGCUCAGAGAGCGUGGGUCGUGAGGACUUUGAGCGGGUGAAGGGCUUUGUGUCGGCGCUGAUGGAGCGCGUGCCUGUGAGCUCGACCGCCACGCGCGUGGGCGUGGUGCAGUACGGCCGGGUCGCCGCGGUGACGGCCGGGCUGCGGCAGGGCUGGGACGGCGAGGCCGUGAAGCGGGCGGUGAGGGAGAUGCCCUACCUGGGCGAGGGCAGCAGCACGGGCGCCGCCCUCCGCAGGGCGCUGCAGGUACUGCAGGCGGCGCGCGGCGGGGCCAGGCGGGUGCUGCUGCUGGUCACGGGCGGACAGACGGACGGCGGGGACCGCGCGGCCCUGCGGGACGCGGCUCAGGACGCCCGCGCCGCCGGGGUGGAGGUGUUCGCCGUGGGCGUGGCCGGGCCCACGGACCCCGCGUACGCACAGUUCCUGUCGGAGAUCAACGACGUGGCGUCCGACCCUGUGCAGGACCACGUCUUCAUCAUCAGUGACUAUAAGACCCUGCCCAUGUUGGAGGUGAAGCUGCUGAGUCGGAUCUGCGAGUAUUCCCAUGAUUCCAUCUUUUCGGCCAUCGUGGACUCCAUCCUGCCCUCUGGCCCGGGACGCCCCCCCCUCCCCCCCCCACCCCGCGGGGACACGCCCGCCCCGUCUGAGGACCGGCUGAACGCCCUGACGGAAGGGGCCUCGUCACCACAGCCCCGCCCCUCCACCACCGGCCCCCACACCACAACCAACUGGCAGUAUGUUCCGGAAACCACGGGGGGCCCAACCGACCAGCUCCCCCCCCACACCCAGAACAGCUUCACACCCGACGUGGGGUGUGGGGAGGAUCUGGACCCAGGCUCUUGUAGAGACUAUGAGGUUCAGUGGUACUACGACUCGGUGGCCAACUCUUGCGCCCAGUUCUGGUUCGGCGGCUGUGAGGGGAACAGGAACCGCUUUGAGACGGAGGCCAACUGCAUUACCGCAUGCGUCCGGAGCCCGACAUGACCCUGAAAACACACACACACACACACACACACACACACACAC